GUGGUCGGCCAUUUUGGAUUUUGAUAAUCAGCUUGACCAUCGAAACAAAUUUCAUGUUUUUCAAUCUACCUGUAUUUUUCAAUAAAACUGACGCCCACGAAGCGUGGUUCCGCAACCGUUCAACCUUGAACACCAACCGCCGAUGCCGUAGUGCGAGGAGAAUUAGCUGAAGUGGUCUUGGACAUCAGCUGUCAUUGACGUGUGGAACACAAACAAAUCUGUCGGUGGAGACUCGGUGUGCUAUGGUGUUGUCGCAAUGAACGGCACGUUUUAUGAGCAGCUGGGUGGCGUGGCCGGGGUCUUCGAGCAAUGGGGAGCUUGCGAGCGAACGGUGUCUGCAUGCGUGUUGGCGCGGCGGGUGCCGUGGCCAGGGCUUCGGUUGGUACAACGCGCCGUGGAGGCCGCACUCCGGCACCACGUCGAGGACGAGCGACUACAAAGGGACGCCAAUGACGAGGCGCUGCUGGCGAGCCUGCUGGCCCCUAAAGGCGACGAUGACGAUGACGAGGGAGGUGAACGUCUCCGCCAACUCCUGACCCUUCUUCCCCUACUGGACACUGACAAUGAGAGAGCUAAAAAUGUAUAUGUGUCCUUAAUGCCGACCAUGGUGCAACAGUGUGUGGAUGCUCCGAGGAGAGCUUCAGUGGCCCCGGAGCUGUGUAGACAACUGCUGUCAUACCUCCUGGUACACCCAGCUUUGACGCAUCAUGAUCAGAGAACGCUGACACAGUGGCUGCGCUACCUAGAGAAUCAUAUCUCAGGAAACAGAAAUACAGAGAGUGUUUGGCAGCAAAGGAUAGACCCAUGCCUUCUGCCCGAAACAAAUAUUUGGGGUACAAACAACGCUUUCCGAAGGACAAUCGGUAAGAACGUCGAAUUCAGGGCAAUGCUAGACCCCAUGGAGCAUUUUGGCACAGAUCUACUGCAAGAAUCAUUUUCAAAGAAUGGCAGAGAUGUGGACAUCAGCCUGGAUGGAGAGAAAUUAAACUUUGACGCAGCAAUAGCGCAGCCUAAAUCGCAAAGAUCGAAUAGCUUGACACCUCCAUCAACAAACUUUAUGCAAAUGUCCUCAUCAGCUGAGAAUUUAAGCGACGAGCCGUUUGUACAGAAACCCAGAAGCUUCUCUCUGUCUAGUGAGCACAGUCUGAGUCAAAUCAGGCCGCUAAGUAUAAUGUAUGGGACGACGGGCAGUGAGACCAGGCUGGAUGAUCUGCGCUCCAAUAACUUCACAGAACACCCGGGAAUGUCCACAGUGGCUCAGUGGCUGAAGAGCUUACGUCUGCAUAAGUACGUGUGGUUGUUCACCAAUAUCUCCUAUGAACAGAUGAUGUCCAUGGAUGAGAAAUAUCUUGAGAAAUUAGGAGUGACGAAAGGCGCGCGGCACAAGCUGCUGCUGUCGAUCAAAAAGCUGUCAGAGCGCGGCGUGGUGUUGGCGGGCGUGGAGGCGGAGCUGCGCGCGGGCGCCGGUGCGGCGCCGGCGGUGGUGGGGCGCGCGCUGGAGCGCCUGCGCAGCGUGCUGCUGAGCCCGCUGGCGCCCGCCUCCGAGCUUCCAGCCGCUAUCGUCCGCGUGCUGCAGCUCGCGUCGAAGAGCCUGAACAGUUGCCGUGCGAGCGGUGCGGGCGCGGCGCUCGUGAGCAGCGACGAGUGCGAGCACGACUCGCCCGUCGACCCCAUGUCGCUGCACUGCUGGCUUGUGGAAAAGGCGCUGCACCACGAGGCGUUCUCGUCGCCGGAGAUGCAGGAGGCGCUGAAGCGGCUGCGACACCGCCUGCCGCCGCGACAGUUCUUCCACCACGUCAGCGACAUGCCGCUCAGCCGCCGCGGACCCAAGCCUAGAUGGCGCAUGACCCCCCACAACGGCUACUCGAAGCCGCUGCACAAGCGCGUGUGGAGCGCGGGGUGGAGCGCGCCGCCGCCGCGCGGCAAGUCGCACUCCUACCCGCCGUUCCCGCCCGCGGCGCGCCCCGCGCCGCCCGCGCCCGCCGCCCCCGCUACCCCCGCCGAUGACUACUCCAGCCUCGACGCGCUGUGCCUGCAGAUGACUGAGCAGGCCAUCAACUAACACCUGACCCCACGCACUGGCGCCGACUGCCGCGUCGAACACUUGUUCCGUUAUGUGUUGAGUGAAGUGGCUCCUGUUUCUGCUUAUCGACUUCGGUUGGGUGCGUUAGGAUUGACGAAUAUAGGUAUAUGUGUGACAGUAUAGCCUUUGCACACGUACAAUACGUAAUUGAGACGCGUUCGGAAAAUUGAACACGCUCUUAGGUUAAAAGAAUCUGGACUUUAUAAAUGGAAUGUAUAAUUCCCGAUUUUACAUUAAUUCAUUGUGACAAACCCUGACAUGAAAUGGAGUUGACGCGUCAAUGAGUAUCGAUAAAUUUAUCGAUUUCCCGCGCUUGAGUAAUUGUUUUCUACUAUGGAACGAGGGUCGUUCCACAAUAUCGAUAUAUGUAUAUUUAAGGACUGUUAGAUAAUUUCUUAAUGAAAUUUAUUUAGUGUUUAUUUGACUGGGUUUGCGUCGGGCAGUGCCCUGUUAUUUAUAUAUUUUUAUGUUAUACAAUUUAUAUGUAUAAAUGGACUAGAAAAUUGUUUUAAAUAUUGUCUCGACUCGACGUGGGCACGGUUUUAUAGUUGAAAGGCUUUUUAUAUUUGAAGCAUGUGCAUUUUAUUAGUCACAAUUAUAAUGGAGUGUAUGUGAUAGUGUAAGAUCGGUGACAUCGACUCGAUAUUGCGUAAUGUAUGAAGUUUCUCUGGUGCUAACAUUCGGAGUUUAUUAGUUGUCCGGCUAGGGAGAGCUUUUACUGACAUGUUCAUCCUAGCUUUACUCGUUGGGUAGUUAGAAGCGGUACCGAAAUCGGCCUAAUAGAUAAUGACUCACGUCUAUCGAUAUACAAAUCUAAUCAUCCUCGUGACUUUCUUGCGCUUUAAAUAGUUUAUUCACAAUUUUACUUAUUUUAUAAUUUGUAGCUUGUUCUAUCUUUCUUGCUAAGAGUUACAUUGCAAUUUUUUAAUAUCAGGAUUAAUUGAGUGUUGUUAUAUUACCGGUUAUUGUGUCGAUAGAUAUUGUCGGACAUAGUCGGUUCCACCCCUGCAUGUUUCAAUAGAUAUUGUAAACACUGUAAACAAACAUUUGACUAGACAUUUUCGAAUAAAUUUUCAUAUUACAUCAAUAUUAAUCUUGAAUUGCAGUUGCUUUUGUUCAAGUUCCAACAUAUUGCUAUUAAAUUCACACAUAACUCUUGUUUACGUUGUUUGCAAAUUCCAUUAAAAAUACUGUAGCAUUUCACCCUACAUAACGAGUUCCGUACACCGAACAAUGAUACGCUCUGGUUUCUAAACUAAUGCAUGGCGUAUUCUUAUGUUGAGCUGUUUAGUGUAACUGCAGGUAACACUGUAGUGUGUGCGGGCAGACCCGACACCGCAUACAAACGCCUCUAGCUUUAAAUCUAGUUGUAAAUUGUUGACUGAUGUACGCGUUAUUUAUGCAGUACGCGAGCGGUUUUAAUUUUUCUUUUUAUAUGAUAUAUAUUUGAAUAAUUUUAUUCAACAAUCUUUUGACUGGAUCAAAAAUCUGAUUGUAACAUGUGCAAUUUGUUUUUAUUUACAAACGCAAAGUUAUAGACGUAAAUGUUGAUGUAAAUAAUGAAUUAUUAAUGUAUUUAUAAUGUAAGGGUUAUUGUUUUGUACAAACGAGUGUUGAUGAUGUAUACUGUUAUGAGCUCCAUAAUUUUUGAUUUAUUGAGUUGUUGGAUGUCCAUUAUAUCACCGGGUGCGUCCAGACCUUGGUAUAUUUUAUAAAUUGUUUUAAGGUCACAAGAUGUAUACCAGUUCAAACGUGCAAUAAUAGUUGUUUUUAUAGCCAGUUAGGCCGGUCGCACCAUGUACAUGUGAUAUAAUCGGGUAUCUAGACUCUAAAAUGUUUCCCUUGACAGAGUUUAUACGCAGCCUACAGAUUUUUACACAAAACCGCAAUGUGCUGUAAUAAGGUCGCGUUCCGAGUUUUGCGUAAGCUUCAGUUGUCUGUAGUGGUCUGUGAUACGGUUUGUUUUGAUCAUGAUAUUCAUCAGCACUAAGAAUAAAUAUUGUAUAGCAUA